UGCAGACAAGAGAAAAGUCCUCAGGGAUGCCAAUUGCCCAUUUACUGGAGCUAUGGAAAAAGAUAGAAGUGGAAGUGGAGCCUAUGGAAACGGAGCCGGCAGCAGAAGAUGCCAGCCUGGAUGAGGGCUUGGAUGAGUCUACAAAUGAGGAAGAAGGUAUUGUGAAGGAGAUAGACAUCAGUCAUCAUGUAAAAGAAGGUUUUGAAAAGGCAGACCCAUCACAGUUUGAGCUGCUGAAAGUGUUGGGGCAAGGCUCCUAUGGAAAGGUGUUUUUAGUGAGGAAAGUUAAAGGAUCUGAUGCUGGGCAGCUGUAUGCAAUGAAGGUACUUAGGAAAGCAACUCUGAAAGUCCGAGAUCGUGUCCGAUCAAAAAUGGAAAGAGACAUUUUGGCAGAAGUGAAUCAUCCUUUCAUUGUAAAACUUCAUUAUGCAUUUCAAACAGAAGGAAAGCUAUAUCUUAUACUAGAUUUCCUACGAGGUGGGGACCUUUUCACCAGACUUUCCAAAGAGGUUAUGUUUACAGAAGAAGAUGUUAAGUUCUACUUAGCUGAGCUGGCCUUGGCUUUAGAUCAUCUCCAUGGUCUUGGUAUUAUUUACAGGGAUUUGAAACCAGAAAACAUACUUCUAGAUGAAGAAGGACACAUUAAGAUUACAGAUUUUGGCCUGAGCAAGGAAGCCAUCGAUCAUGACAAGAGAGCAUAUUCAUUCUGCGGGACAAUAGAGUACAUGGCCCCAGAGGUGGUCAACCGGCGAGGCCACACUCAAAGCGCAGACUGGUGGUCCUUUGGUGUCCUAAUGUUUGAAAUGUUGACAGGGUCGUUGCCAUUCCAGGGGAAAGACAGAAAGGAGACAAUGGCUCUCAUUCUCAAAGCCAAGCUAGGAAUGCCACAGUUUUUGAGCACAGAAGCUCAGAGUUUGCUUCGAGCUCUUUUCAAGAGGAAUCCAUCCAACAGAUUAGGUGCUGGCCUUGAUGGAGUUGAAGAAAUUAAGCGGCAUCCUUUUUUUGCUACUAUAGACUGGAAUAAGUUGUACAGGAAAGAAAUCAUGCCGCCUUUUAAACCUGCUGUGGGACGGCCAGAGGACACCUUUCAUUUCGACCCUGAAUUCACUUCACGGACGCCAACAGAUUCCCCAGGCGUCCCUCCAAGUGCCAACGCUCAUAAUCUCUUCAGGGGAUUCAGCUUUGUUGCAUCCAACUUGGUGCAGGAGCCUCCACAGCAAGAAGUCCACAAAAUCACAGUUCACCCCAUUGUCCAGCAGUUACAUGGGAACAAUAUUCACUUUACAGAUGGUUAUGAAAUCAAGGAGGACAUCGGUGUUGGCUCUUACUCAGUAUGCAAGAGGUGUGUACACAAAUCCACAGAAGCAGAGUUUGCCGUGAAGAUCAUUGAUAAAAGCAAAAGGGACCCCUCUGAAGAAAUUGAGAUUCUUCUGAGAUAUGGACAGCACCCAAACAUCAUCACUCUCAAAGAUGUCUAUGAUGAUGGGAAAUAUGUAUACCUUGUGAUGGAGCUGAUGCGAGGAGGGGAACUCUUAGAUCGAAUACUUCUGCAGAAGUGCUUCUCAGAACGAGAGGCCAGUGCUGUCCUUUGUACCAUUACCAAGACAGUCAACUAUUUGCAUUCCCAGGGAGUUGUUCACCGAGAUCUGAAACCUAGUAAUAUUCUUUACAUGGAUGAGUCAGGUAACCCCGACUCCAUCAGGAUCUGCGAUUUUGGAUUUGCCAAACAACUGAGAGCUGAGAAUGGCUUGUUAAUGACACCGUGUUAUACAGCCAAUUUUGUAGCACCUGAGGUCCUGAAACGGCAAGGCUAUGAUGCAGCCUGUGAUAUCUGGAGCUUAGGGAUUCUGUUGUACACCAUGUUAGCAGGAUUCACUCCUUUUGCAAAUGGGCCAGAUGAUACCCCAGAGGAGAUUCUGGCCAGAAUUGGCAGUGGAAAGUAUGCACUUACAGGAGGAAACUGGGAUUCAAUAUCUGAUGCUGCUAAGGAUAUUGUGUCAAAGAUGCUUCACGUAGACCCCCAUCAGCGCUUGACAGCAGCCCUGGUUCUAAGGCACCCGUGGAUAGUAAACGGGGAAUAUCUAUCCCAGAAUCAGCUCAGCCGACAGGAUGUUCACCUGGUAAAGGGAGCAAUGGCAGCCACCUACUUUGCUUUAAACCGAACACCUCAGGCACCAAGGCUGGAACCUGUAUUGUCCUCCAACCUGGCCCAGCGGAGGGGGAUGAAAAGACUGACCUCAACGAGGUUGUAGUGGUCCCAAAGAAUGCCUGGUUUAAAAAGGGAAAACAUGCACCACAUGUUGCUCAGAGAGGCUGAUCCAUAUUGCUAAUUUUGCAGGACUUUGGACUAUUGGCACAUAAAUUGCUAAAAUUAGCAGAACUCCAGCAUAAGGCAAAGAUAUCCUUUGCUUUCCAGUUCCUUUUGUUGCUUUUGUUUUUUUAAGUUAAUGCCAAGAUCCUGAGUUAGCAGGUACUCAAAGAUGUCAUGUGCCAAUUUUUCAACUGCUGAACUGCUUCUUAUUUAAGUGUAUACUGCUAAGAUCCUAUUCUCAUUUUCUCCCAAUGUUAUUUUUGGGAUCUUUUAGAUGCUCUGUAAGACCACUUUUUGUAAGCAUUUUUCAGUAGAGAAACAAGUCGCUUUGGUUUUAGAGGUCAAUUCUACCAGCAUUUGUGUCAUGGUCAAUUGUCACAGCUAGCAAUUGAUACUGCUACCCAUUAUCAGCUGCAGCAGAGUUCAUCUCCAAAGAGCUGAAUGUGAAAGGAAGAGGCAUGUGAUACUGUGAAACCAAUGGCCUACUAAGAAUG